UUUUUCUACAGCAUAGCUACUGUAUAUUCCUAACGUUAACAAUGUGGUUUUGUUCACAUUUUCUUGCAGAUACCUUGACCGGAGCAUAACUGGUUAACUUCACACAAGAGACCUACUGUUGGACAAUCGUUUUGGCUUUAAAGGUAAAUGCAUUGUUAGUUACAAUGUCUAGUUACUGGGCCAAAAGGAGACGAAUAUUGAAAGGAGUUGAGAGGGACAAACAGGAAAUUGCAGCUGCAAACGAUGCUCUACUUGCUGUUAUUCCUGACUUUGACCAAGUAAAUCCUCCUGUAAAUGAACAUCAACAUGGAAUGGCUUCAACAAGCCAUGGACAAACUGUAACCCCUGAAGCACAGGAAAUAACUGUUGAUGAGGUGUAUGAACCUAGUGAAAUUUUUUCCUCAAGCACAGAAGAUAGUGAGGAGGAAGAGGAUUGCCUAGGACACAAUUGGCAGGGUGGGCUAUUGACAACAUGAUCCCCCAUGUGGCACUGGGUAAGCUUUUAACCAUUUUGUCCAAGGAUCAUCCAACCCUUCCUAAAGACCCAAGAACCCUUCUGAAAACAGUGACUUGUGUUAAAACAACAGAACUCUCAGGUGGUGUAUACCAUCACUCUGGAAUUGAAAGUGGAAUACUAUCGCAGUUUUUAGUGUCUCCUGAAUUGCAGAAGUUGACGUCAGUUUCAAUGCAAGUUAAUGUUGAUGGACUUCCACUUUUCAAAAGCUCAAAUGCCCAGUUCUGGCCAGUUCUUGGUUUAAUUGAGCAAUACGUGUGUAAUGUCCAACAAAACAAACUUCCAUUUGUCAUUGGUCUCUAUUAUUGGAAGAAGAAGCCAAGCAGCCUUCACUUUUUGAAUCCUUUUGUAGAAGAGGCACAGCGACUUGAAGCGGAAGGAGUUCUGUUUGAAAGGAGAGCACUUCCUUUCAAAAUAUCAACAUUUAUCUGUGACGCCCCUGCUCGUGCACUUGUUCGAAAUGUGAAAGGUCACUGGCAGAUGCUUCAAAGUAUCUUCUCUAAUCACCUUUCCAUCAAUACAACCUGGACUGGAGUUGGGGAUAAAGCAUGUUUUAGAGACAUGUUCCUGAAGACCAUUGUUCAAAGAGCCAUCCGGAAGAACCCGGCAACACAGGAUGCCACUGAUGAAGCCAUCCAGGUUAACGUUACGCGUUACCUGAAAGGAGCAUCUGACCGUGAAGGCGGAAAAAGGCGCCGCACAGCUGAGAGGGACCCACAGCCGACCCCUUAAACCUAGAUUGACUACUGACAUCCCAGCAUCACUGACAACUGGAACCCUUUCUUUAUCCUGCAGUCAGUAACAUCAAGACCCCUAAAGAAGCCAGAAGUGUCAGACUGCACUCCCCAAUCCACACUGUUCACUGUGGAUAUUAUCAUAGUGCUUAACUUAUUAUAUUGUUAAAUAUAGCUUGUAAAUCCUUGUGCCACAGGUCAGCAUUGCAGUUAUAUCUGUUCUACUACUUUUUUUACCUCAGUAUUUUUAUAUAUAUUUGAAGAUGUUUAUCACAGAUACAAGAGACAUCUUGUACCCCAGGUCAGCAAUGCCAUUAUAAUGGUCUAUUCUACUCCAGAGCUUUAUUCUAAAUUAUUACCACUUAUCUUAUUGUUAGAAAUGGCUUGUAAAUGUGAUGUUAUACC